GUCGCAGAACACAGCGAUGCGGAUAUUGCCUUUUCUUCUCAUUUUCUUUGCAUUUUUGAAAUAUGUUUUCUGCUACUCAGCUUCAAACUUCGCGUGUCCGGGGAUCUGUCAUUGCUCCACUGAAGCGAUCAAAUGCAACAAUACCAUAGAACAGUCCCUUCCAGCCCAAAAAGAUGCGCAAGUGAGACUGACUCUCACUCACCUGCCUCUGAGCAGCCUCCCUAGUUACACCUUUGAUGGGCUAAGCAGAGUCCUUGGAAUUGAAAUCACCCAGAGUGACUCCCUGAGGACCAUAGAGCCCAUGGCGUUCCACAAUCUUUUUAACCUCUCAGAAAUAUUGAUUCAGAACACGAAGAGCUUGAAACGCAUCAGCCAAAGUGCGUUCAACAACCUCCCCAAGUUACGAUAUCUAAGCAUUUCCAACACUGGAAUAUCUCUGUUCCCCGACAUGUCAUCCAUCUCUUCUCUCGAAUCCAGUUUCAUCCUCGAAAUCUGUGACAACCUCCAUCUCGAGUCCAUACCACCAAAUGCUUUUCUUGGAUUAGCAGCUGAACACACCACUAUGAACCUAUACAGAAAUGGCUUCACAGAGAUAAUGGACUACGCCUUCAAUGGAACCAGGAUCAAUAGGCUGGUCCUGAGAAACAACAAGAAUCUGAGAAUAAUUCACAAAAAUGCCUUCAAAGGAGCAGUCGGCCUGGGUGUAUUAGAUGUAUCUAUGACAGCGUUGGAGAGGCUCCCAUCGCACGGCCUGGAGGCCCUUCAGGUGCUGAUGGCCCGGGGAGCCUUUGCCCUGAAGAGCCUCCCCCCAUUGGGGGCUCUGCAGAGUCUACAGGAGGCAUAUCUCACCUACCCCAGCCACUGCUGCGCUCUGAUUGGCUGGAAUGUGCAAAAGAAGUCUUCCUUCUUUGACAUAUGGGAAAAUGGAUCGGCUUAUUGUGAAGAUCGCAUUUCUUCAAAGAUUCCAACCACUGUGGCAGACGCUUCCAUCACACUGCCACUGAAGGCCCCCAUUGUGUCUGAUGUCCUGUCCUCAGAGGAAGAUUCUCAGGCCUUUGACGACAUGGACUUCCAGUACCCCGACUUUGACUUCUGCCAGACCACGAAGGUCCUCCUGUGCACCCCAGAGGCAGAUGCUUUCAACCCCUGUGAGGACAUCGCUGGAUUCAAGUUCCUACGGGUGGCCAUCUGGUUCAUCAAUGUGCUGGCCAUCACAGGCAACCUGACAGUGCUGCUGGUCCUCCUCACCAGCCGUAGCAAGCUGACCGUGCCGCGCUUCCUCAUGUGCCACCUGGCCUUCGCUGACUUCUGCAUCGGCGUCUACCUGCUGAUGAUCGCCGUCGUGGACGCUCGCACCCGUGGCAGCUACAGCCAGCAUGCCAUCGAGUGGCAGACAGGUCCUGGCUGUGCCGCCGCCGGCUUCCUGUCCAUGUUCGGCGGCGAGCUGUCUGUGUAUACGCUGAUGGUGAUCACACUGGAGCGCUGGCACACCAUCUCCCAUGCCAUGCAGCUAGAGCAGCGGCUGGGUUUGGGCAGUGCGGUGCUCAUCAUGGCAGCUGGCUGGCUCCUUAGCCUAGCAGUGGCACUGUUGCCCCUACUGGGUGUCAGCAGCUACCAGAAGGUAAGCGUGUGUCUACCGAUGGAUAUCGAGGCCCCACUGUCCCAGGGCUUUGUCAUCAUGCUCCUCCUUCUCAACGUGGUUGCCUUCCUGGUCAUCUGUGCCUGCUACAUCCACAUCUACCAGGCGGUACGCAACCCUGAGUUCGCCAGUAGGAGGGCGGAUGCCAAGAUCGCCAAGCGCAUGGCGGUACUCAUCUUCACGGACUUCACCUGCAUGGCUCCCAUCUCUUUCUUCGCCAUCUCCGCCGCCUUCAAGGUGCCCCUAAUCACGGUUACGUACUCCAAGAUCCUACUGGUGCUCUUUUACCCCAUCAACUCCUGUGCCAAUCCCUUCCUGUACGCCAUCUUCACCAAAGCCUUCCGGAGGGACAUUUUCUUGCUCAUGAGCUCACUAGGAUGCUGCGAGGGUAAGGCCAGCCUGUAUCGCACCAAGGCGUAUUGCUUGGACAACAGUGCCGGCAAGCAGAACAGCAGCACAGCUGCGCUGAAACAGAACUCACACAAGAGGUCCAAUGCCAACGCACCCAUUCCUGAACAAUAAAAAUCAAGAAAACACUACAUCACUUUCAAACACUUGGGUUAAAAUGACCUUUGGGAAAAUGACAUACUGAUGUAGAAUAGAUCAAGUCUUUUCUCAUGCCUCAUUUGAAAUUUACUUGAGAAACUUACUUUAGAAUUAUAUCUAAAUGUCAAUUUUAUUGUGCAGUGUUUCAUUUGAAGGAUCUUCAUUAUGGCAUUUUACAUUGUCCUGUAUUGAUCUACACACAUUUUACAUGACUAUUCAGGUGUACAGAUAUUGUACUUCUUUGUAAUAUACUGUAACAUUGUGUCUGGUUAUUCUUUACUAAAAUGUUAUAAAGUCAUUCAGAAUUUCUAAUUUUGUUUGUCAUGCAAAAGAUUUUUUUUCUUCUGUGACACGGCAAAGCACUUUUUCAAAUACAAACAGGUAUGAGGCUUUACUCCAUCAUUAGUCUAUGCUGCAUGUAUUCACAGGCUACAGGAGUAAUUGUGUAAAAGCCAUGCAUGUGGCCACUGUCUACUGAAUAGGCUAUUAAGUAUAAAAAAGACUUGGAGUGUUAUAUGUGAGGAUUUGUCUGAGGUCACCCAUUCACUCAGGCUGGUAAGAGAAGGAUGGGACCCAGACAUGUGACUUGAAGUACCCAGAAAGAGUCUCAAGAAGACCUAAUGUACUGUCUAGGUUGCAUGUAUUGGAAAACUGCGGUGGGGGUUGAAGUUGCUUCUCUGCUCUCUCAUACUGAAACUGUUCACAUAUAAAUUACUCUAGAAUAUUGAUAUGUCAGUUUGACUGCAGUGUUCUUUUCAGUUAUUUAAAUAUACUUGUGUAAACAUUAUAAAGUGUUGCGUACAGUUGGAAAAAAAUAAAGGGAAUUUUAGAAAAUU